AUGUUCAAGGGCGGCUUCCUUGCCGACGUGUACAGCAAGAAUCCCGUGAGAUCAGAUGGCAUGGGAAGAGUCGUCACACGCUUUCCGCCUGAACCCAAUGGCUUCCUCCAUCUGGGGCAUACCAAAGCGAUUAUGAUUAAUUUUGGAUUCGCCAGGUUCCACGGCGGCGAUUGCUACCUGCGCUUUGAUGAUACGAAUCCGACGGAAAAAGAAGAAAAGUAUUUCAUAACUAUAGAAGAGAUGAUUAACUGGCUGGGAUUUAAACCGGUGAAAGUUACCCAUUCCAGCGAUAACUUUGACCGCCUUUAUGAGCUUGCAGAGGAGCUCAUUAACAAGAACGGUGCCUAUGUCUGCCAUUGCACCAAAGAAGAGGUUGUAGCCCAACGCGGUGGCGGCAAAGGCAAGGCUAGAUACGCCUGCCCUCACCGAGGCCGACCCAAUUCCGAAUCCCUGGCCGAAUUCCGAGCAAUGCGUGACGGGAAAUACGCACCACGCAAGGCAGUCCUCCGCAUGAAACAAAAUCUAGAAGACAAUAAUCCUCAGAUGUGGGAUUUGACGGCUUAUCGUGUCCUUGACGAGAAGCACAAGCAUCACCGGAUGGGGAACAAGUGGAGGAUUAUCCCACCUACGAUUUCACGCACUGCCUAUGCGAUACCUUCGAGGGGGUAA